AUGCUUCCUACAUUCACCGGCAACUCUCGGCGGCCGCGCAAUGUGAACCUCAGCGGGCAGCGGCCUUCGAGUCCCUGGGGCUCUAGCGGCUGGAGCGCAAACCCAGGCGCAUCAUCUGGUGCGUCCAAGACGGUCGCCCAUGCUCAAGCAGAAAGGGAGAAGCGCCAGAAGGAUCGCGAAGAGCUUGUCGCUACGAAGCGGCUCCAGAGGAUAUGGAGGGGACAUUCCGCGAGGCAGAAGAUUAGAGAAAGUCAUCGUCGAGCAUUUGACAGCGAAAUGCAGCGUGCCGGGGGUACCGGUCUUGGCCACAUUACCAAAACGUUGCCGCUGCUGUUGGCUCUUUUUGACCCGAAGCGAGACGACGACCAGAACAGGUUAGAUUCAUUCGUACACGAUCUCACAGCACAUAGAGCACGAGAUCAUCAACUCGGAAGCCUCAACCAGCACUCGCUCGAUCGCCUGGUCGCCCUCAUCGUCGCUGCUCUUGAAAAAAGACCAUUCUCUUCCGCCCGUGCGCUCCUACCGCUUUUAUCUGAGCUUGUGGCAAAACGGCCUUGGAGUGUUGGCUCAAUCCUUGGCCGCUACUAUCAUGUUGCGGCACGGUACUUUUCAGAGGUCGCGGAUCCUGCCGAGGAAGCGAUGCUCUGCGAAGUUGUCCGCGCACCCUUGUCUUCCGAGAAAACGUCAGAUCUAAAAUCUGCAUACCAUGCGAUAGCAUUUCACUUUUUGACGUUUGAAGGCCUUCCUGUAACCAGACAGAACCCAGAGAUUCUGUCAGCUGUCAUAGAUUACCGCUUGCUUUCAGAUGUCAUAUCCAAUGCUGUCUUGUAUGGCACAUCUGCAAACAAAACAUCGAGGGACGGUCAGUUAUGGCUCCUGGCACAUUUCAUCGCACUCAGCAGAACAUCCGCCGGUGGUCAGGAUACCAUUUACCUGAGAGCUCUUUACCUUCAACUUUCGAGUCUUGCCGUCGAUAUCCGUUUGCGGUACAACCAGGAUGACAGUGGCGAUGGCGAUCAGAUUUCGGACGACGAGGAUCUCAAAAUGCUUGACCCUGCGUCAUCCACAUUGCCUGAUUUCGUUGCCGAGCAGCUUGAGUUUCUCGUCAACGACGAUGGUAUCAGUGAACUCUUGCGGAGAUUCACCACAACGUCAUCGCCCAGCGCAGGGCUCUCGGAGGACGCUAAUCUGCUCGCUGGCUACACAUUGGUUUUGCUCAAGUGCUUUCCCAACCAUGGCGACGAUAUCAAGAUGCGGCUCUUUCAUGGCGACAUUACGACGAGCGAUUCCGGCAAACAGCACACUAUGCCGACCGUGAAGUACUUCUGGCACGCGGCGUCAAGGACCGAGAUCUUUCGCAAGCUGAUGCAAAGCAAGAUUACGCAUCCUGCCUCAGUUGUAGGUCCCUUGCUGCAGCCGGGAUCCAAGCACGAUGAGGAGUGGCGCACAAUGCUAUUAUUCCUCGAGCUAUAUAACUUUCUGCUGCGUGUCACGGAUGACGAGGACUUCCUGCCUUCAACAUUUCAAGCGAUGUCUCAGCAAAGCCCGGCCACAUCACGCAUUCGAUCCAGCGGGUUGGACUUGGAAGAACUCAAAGCGCUAACGAGCUUUCUGAAAAAUCUCACUUUCCCGUUAUAUCACGAUCUACCAAGCAUAAUUUCUUCUACCAAGGAGCCCGCGCGACUUGACCAUUUCAUGGGGCUACAACCCAAGCCUUCAGCUCAAUCCGGAUCCUCACAAGAGUCCUUAUCUCCCACCUUCGGGAAUGACGUUAUUGGUCUUCGUCAGAUUGCGACCACCACCAUGAGAUCACUAUACGAGAGGGACUCCCGCCGAAAGUUUCUGCCGCAAGACUUCUGGUUGAUGACAUCAAAAUUCGACAUGAACGGGUUCACUUCAGCUGUCGUUCUUGAGGAGCAGCAGAAGAACGACACCACCGAAGAAGACGACGAGGACGAGGAUGAGAUUGACAGAACCCCAUUUCAUACUGCAAGCGUCUCGCGGAUAUCACGGGCUGCUCAGAUCGAGCGACAUCGGCAGUUGCGCAGGAUACAGCGCGAGAAACUGCUGGCGCAAGCAGCCCCCAAACUCGAGAUUCUCAGGAAUAUGCCCUUUAUCAUCCCCUUCGAGAUUCGAGUACAAAUCUUUCGACAGUUUAUCUACCUCGACAAGAACCGCAGGCGCGGUGGCCACGUCGAUCCUGAUCGGUGGCGGCUGUCCGUCAUACAAAGUGCCGGGGGAUUUGGUGGCCCAACACCUGGCGGACGAGAGAUUCUUGGGCGUCACACUGCUCGCGUGAAGCGUGGUUCCGUCUUUGAUGAUGCCUACGAGCAGUUUUAUAACCUGGGUGAAGGCAUCAAAGAGCCUAUACAGAUUACUUUUGUUGACCAAUUCGACCAGCCAGAGGCUGGUAUCGAUGGUGGAGGCGUGACCAAGGAGUUCCUCACCAGUGCUGCGGAAGAAGCCUUUGACCCUAGCGAGAACGGUCCUGGGUAUUUCGUGGCCAACCAGCAGAACUUACUGUAUCCCAACCCAAGCGCCUUUGAUGAACGCGCUGAACUCCUUCGUUACACCGGCACGGCCAAGGGAUCGCCGGAAUGGAACAACGGAAUGACUGACCUGUCCAAGCGGUACGAGUUCUUGGGCCGGCUGAUAGGGAAGUGCAUGUACGAGGGCAUUCUAGUCGAUAUCUCGUUUGCAAGCUUCUUCCUGCUCAAGUGGGCGUCGUCAGGUCAGACCUCACCCACCGACCACAGGGCUAAUCUCAACGAUCUGCGGGAUAUGGAUCCGGAGUUGUACCAAGGUCUGAUCAGCCUCAAGAACUAUUCCGGGGACGUUGCCGAUCUCUCGCUGGACUUCACCAUAACAGACCAGGUCAGGGAUUUCCAAGGCAAAGUCCACACCAUCACACGGCCUCUGCGCAAAGAAGGGUCGAGUUUGCCCGUCACGAACAAGGACCGGCCCCUCUACAUAUCAUACGUUGUCAACCACCGCCUGGUUGCCCAGCCGUACCGCCAGACAAAAGCGUUCCUGCGCGGUCUGGGCACCAUCAUCAACCCUUAUUGGCUGUCCAUGUUCAACCAGUCGGAGCUGCAGCGCCUCGUGGGCGGCGACAGCACCGAGAUUGACGUCGAGGACCUGCGCCGCAACACGCAAUACUCGGGCCUCUACGCCAUUGGCGACGACGGCCUCGAGCACCCCACCGUCGAGAUGUUCUGGCAGGUCAUGCACUCGUUCAAGGACUCUGAGCGGCGCGAGGUCUUGAAGUAUGUCACCUCGACGCCGCGCGCCCCGCUGCUCGGCUUCUCCCAGCUCAGUCCCGCCUUCAGCAUUCGCGACGGCGGCACCGACGAGGACAGGCUGCCCAGCACGAGCACGUGUGUCAAUCUGCUCAAGCUGCCGCGGUACAGCUCUGCCGAGACGCUGAGGAGCAAGUUGCUAUAUGCCAUCCAGUCUGGAGCCGGGUUCGAUCUCAGCUGA